AUGGCUUCACCUGCCCCGGAGCCGCCGUCCACCGGCGUCGUCGCUUUAGACUCCGCUCACAGGACACUCUCCGUUAUCAUCGCAGCUGACACCGACCUCAAAGACCAUGCCACCGACAUCCACUACAGCGCCGACGCUCUCUCUCGUCUCACCGAGCUCUUUCCCAGGAGCAUCAGGACGUUGGACAAUAUGGACCAGGUCAGCCAUGUAUCAAACCACUUCAUCUUGCAAUUUCCAAAUUGGAAGUCUCCCUACAACGAUGAAGCAUGCACCCUGUACCACACUAUUGCCGAGGGCCUGAGCAGAUUGCUUAUCAAAGAAGAGGUUUACCUCGCUAUCAUGGCGCAGUACGGCCGCGUCUUGGUGAACAAUAAAAUCAGAGACAAGAGACUGCUAAAAGUUGAAGGGGACAUUGAGCGGUUGUUGGAGAUUUUGCUGGAGAUAGAGCGAGAGGAUGGGCAGUUUUUCGAGAAUACCGAGGGUGAAGGUGAAGAUGCCCUCGAGGAGGCAAACCCGACGUCUUCGUCAAGCUUGGGGCAUCAAAGCCAGCCGGUUUGGAUUGACGAGCAGACGAAGAUAUCCAACGACGAGCUCAGGUACCAGUGGUUUAAUCGCGACAACUAUUGUCAGCCGCCAUCAUUGGUUGCUCAAGACCCUCGCUUGAUGACGUUGGUCGAGUUGCGAAAGAAUGGGGAGUUUGUUAGACACGCGCUCUUUGACAAGGGGAGUGAGAGCUGGCCGAACUAA